GCGCUGUUUGCGUGCGCUCGUCACGACCAGACGCAGCGUCUGACGUCACUUCUUACAGCAGCAAUGGCGGCUCCCGCAGAAAGCACGAGUAAAACGCCAACAAAUAAAAAACAGAAAAAAAACAAACACACAGAUGAGACUGAACUGCUGACGGUUCCAGACGGCUGGAAGGAGCCUAAGUUCGCCCGGGUGGACAAUCCCAGAGGUCUGCUGGAGGAGAGCAGUUUCGCCACACUCUUCCCCAAGUACAGAGAGGCGUACCUGAAGCAGUGCUGGCCGCUGGUGCAGAAAGCUCUCGGAGAUGUUUUCAUCAGUGCCACACUGGACCUGAUUGAAGGCAGCAUAACGGUGAACACAACAAAGAAAACUUUUGACCCCUAUGCUAUCCUCAGAGCGAGGGAUCUCAUCAAGUUAUUGGCUAGAAGUGUGCCGUUUGAACAGAAAUCGAGACUCAUCAGACCAGGCAACAUUUUUCCAGUCUUCAACUGUCCAAUUUUGGCUGUUAGGAUACUCGAAGACGACAUGGCAUGUGACAUUAUUAAAAUUGGGACUCUUGUGCGAAACAGAGAGCGUUUUGUGAAGAGACGACAGAGACUGAUCGGCCCCAAGGGCUCCACGCUAAAGGCUCUAGAGCUGCUGACCAGCUGUUACGUGAUGGUUCAGGGAAGCACCGUUUCUGCUCUCGGCCCGUACAGCGGCCUCAAGGAGGUACGGAAAGUGGUGCUGGACACAAUGAAGAAUAUUCACCCCAUUUACAACAUAAAGACGUUAAUGAUCAAGCGAGAGCUGGCGAACGACCCGGAGCUGCGCACUCAGAGCUGGGAGAGAUUCCUGCCCAACUUCCGCCAUAAGAGUCUCUCCAAACGCAAGCAGCCCAAGAAGAAGACGGUGAAGAAGGAGUACACGCCGUUCCCCCCGCCGCAGCCCGAGAGCAAGAUUGAUAAGGAGCUGGCGACCGGCGAGUUCUUCCUGCGAGAGAGCGAGAAGAGACGCCAGAAGAUGAAUGAAAUUAAGGCGAAACAGGCUGAAGCUUUAUCCAAGAGACAAGAGCAGCGGCAGAAAGCUUUCAUUCCUCCUAAAGAGAAGCCAGCUGUGAAGAAGAGCAAAGCAGCAACUGGUGAAAACAAAAUUGAUAUUCAAGCCAUUAAAGAAAAAGUGAAGAAAGCGAAAAGUAAAAAGCUGGGAGCUCCUCCUGUAAACCCCGAGACACCUUCAGCGAAAGACGGCAAGCGGAAGAAAGUCAAGAGCUAAUGCGCGUCGCUCGAUCUGAACUCUGCUGAUCUGACUGUGAUCCUGGAGAAACACACUCAGAUCAUCACUGGAUCUUCACCUUGUAGUAAUAUUGUGUUUAUUAGUCCGUGUGUUUAUAUAAAAGAUGCUUGGUUUCAGAUUUUGUCAGCGUCAUUAUAAAACCUGAUUGAAUCUCACAAUCAUUUAUUAGACUUUAGUUUGUAGGAGACGAGGAAUAAGAGAGGUGGAGGGGUUUUGGAUAAAGAUGUUCUUCAUGA